AUGGUCUGCAAGAAAGACGUAAGCCUCUCCAACCCAACCUGUCAUCUCUCCAUUGUCCAUGAAACAACCGUCUCCAACACAACUACUCACACCUGGUCACAGGGAAUGUUCGAUGCAGACUCGACUCAGAGCGCGUGCGAGGAAUACCUUAAGCGAAAAACGGGUUCUGAAAAACAUGACUCAUGCCCAGAUUUCACUUUCGUGCCAGCCCCAUCUGAGGACAAAAUUCCCUACUGCGAGAGCAAGAAUUGGCAUCUAGGUGGAAAUGAGGUAAGUAUCUGUAUUGAUUUCUUGUACAUACAAAAGCUAACUCCCACGCCUCGGUAGUUUUUGGCUUACUGCAAACAAUUCGGUGGCGAUGAGGCACAGGACCUCGACCUGUCGUUAUCUAGGAAGCGCUUUCACGCGUAG